AUGGAUGAACAGCUGUGGUUCGCUAUGACAAUUUUUUUUCAGGAUUAUCUCAUUAUCGAUUGUCCUGGUCAGAUCGAGUUGUACAGUCAUAUACCGGUGAUGCGCACACUCGUCGAUGCACUGCAACAAUCUGGCUAUAGAGUUUGUGCUGUAUUCAUGGUGGAUUCACAAUUCAUUCUCGACAGUUGUAAAUUUAUAAGUGGUUCACUCAUGUGUUUAUCGGCAAUGAUUCGUCUCGAGAUUCCACAUAUCAAUGUUCUUACAAAGUUAGAUGUCAUAAAGAAAUCACACAGAUUGAAAGAUAUUGAAAGUUUUCUAGAUUUAGAAGUACAUGAAUUGGUCGAUAGAUUAGAUAAUGAAACGAAUAAUAGAUAUCAUAAAUUAAAUAGAGCUAUUGGACAAUUGUUGGAAGAUUAUAGUUUGGUUGGAUAUAUCCCACUUGAUAUUUCAGAUCAAGAGAGUAUUAGUUUUUUAUUGGCACAGAUAGAUAAUUCAAUACAGUAUGGUGAAGAUGUCGAACCACAAGAUCCAAACGACCAAUACUUUGAAGAAGAUGAAGAUGCUGAUGAUGGUGCUUUCGAUAAUUACAACAAUUAA